AUGUCCUUAAUUGAAAUACGAGAAGGUUUGUCUUUAUUUGAUCAUGCUUUUGCUGUUCAUCAACAGAUACCAGAAUUUCAAAUACAUUCAACAGCUUAUCAAGAAUUAUCCGAGAGAAUAAAUAAUACAAAACAUCCAUUGAUUCUUGUUGCUUAUAUUGAUAAUCAACCUGUUGGUUAUUUAAUAGGUUAUGAACGAUAUUCAUCAUUUUAUAUUUGGCUUGCUGGUGUUCUUCCAAGUCAUCGUCGACAUGGAAUACUUGUUCAAUUAAUGAAUCAAACAGAACAAUGGGCUAUGAAAAUAAAUUAUACUUCAUUAACAAUAAAAACACGAAAUUGUUUCAAAUCAAUGCUGCUCUUUCUAAUUUCACAUGAUUUCAAAAUAAUUGAUGUAGAUAAAAAACAAACUGUUGACAGUCAUCGUCUUAUCUUAGAAAAACAGUUAACUAUUUCAUAG